AUGAUCCUUCCCGGGGUUGGUGCAUUUAAGCGCUACGUGCGCGGCAGUGGCGGGUUGCAUGAUUCACUUCCUCUCCAAGCCGUGGUGGACAUGGCUACGCUCAUACAGGAGAAUGGUAUCAAAGGGUUGAGCAAAGGCACCCAUGGAGUCGUCGCGAACCACGGCAUAUCGGCGCACAGCGUCGCCAGCCACAUGGUGCCCGAUCACGAGUACUGCGAGACGCCGCAACCGCAGGAGCCGCAGCCCUGCUCCAAAGCAGGCGGCGACGCGCCAAUGGAGGCCGCCGAGGAGGAGGAGGAGACCCCCGAAAUAGACAUCAUGAUAAACAAUGUUGUGUGCAGUUUUAGUGUUAAGUGCCACCUGAACCUGAGACAGAUCGCGUUGAACGGUGUUAACGUUGAGUUCAGACGCGAGAACGGUAUGGUUACCAUGAAGCUGCGCCGCCCGUACACCACCGCGUCGAUCUGGUCCUCCGGGCGGGUCACGUGCACGGGCGCCACCAGCGAGGACCAGGCGAAGGUCGCGGCGCGCCGGUACGCGCGCGCCCUCCAGAAGCUCGGCUUCCAAGUGCGCUUCCAGAACUUUCGCGUGGUGAACGUCCUGGGCACGUGCCGCAUGCCUUUCGGCAUAAGGAUCAUAGCAUUCUCCAAGAAGUACAAGGAAGCGGACUACGAGCCAGAGCUGCACCCGGGCGUCACUUACAAGCUCUUCAACCCAAAGGCCACGCUUAAGAUCUUUUCCACGGGAGGUGUGACAAUAACAGCUCGAAGCGUGAACGACGUGCAGUCUGCGGUGGAGCGCAUAUUCCCGCUGGUGUACGAGUUCCGCAAGCCGCGCACGCCGGCCGACGAGGAGAUGCUGCGCCAGAGGCGCGCCGCCCGCCCGCCCCCCGCCACCGCGCCCCUCACCACCGACCUCUGCCUGGUGACGCUCUCCGACGACGAGGCCAAAGCGGAGCCGGACGCCGACGCCUGGGAA